AUGUCUGCGCGGAAUUAUAGACGUCCACCGUCACUACGACUCUCGAGAUCCAGAUCUUCGUCCGACAAUUCGCCCAGCGUGUCACCAAACCACUCCGACCAAGAGGACGACGACAUGUCGUCCAACACCAGUGAGUUUCAGUCGAGACCUGCAAGCUUAACCAUGGCGGCUGGUGCCUAUUGCCCUCGACGGCCGACACUCGCGGACGUCCUUGCAAACAAGGCUAGCCCGCCUUACACUCUAAGUGCCUUUAUGGCCUAUCUAUCGCAAAACCAUUGCCUCGAGACCUUAGAAUUUACGAUGGACGCUAAGAGAUAUAGAAAACAUUACCAAUCGAUGACUUCAUCGCCUGGCGGCUCGCCAAUAACACCUUCGGACGAAUCUUGUCAAUACGUCAAGAUGCUGUGGCAGAGACUUAUGGAUGCAUACAUUCAGCCUAAUGGUCCUAGGGAAGUAAACGUUCCCGGCACUAUUCGAGACGAACUCUUGAGUCUUCCAACAACAUACCUCCCUCCCCACCCCGACUCACUGGAUUCUGCUGUCAACAUAAUACACGAACUUAUGGAAGAGUCUAUCUUGAUGCCCUUCCUAAAUUCUGUUGGAACCGAAUUUAAGCCUUCAUACCCAGCGCCAUGGGAAAACGACAACGCAUACAUGCGAGGCAGCCUUGACGAAAGGGUCCUUUACAAGUCUCGACAAAGCUCCGGCUCACCUCCAGCUCUGGAUUACUCUUCUUCCUACUCUUCUGGAACAACCGGGUCGGGUCAGUCGCGGACCGGAGCUUCGCCCUUCAGCCCUGCGCUAGGGUGGCACCGGCAUUCUGCACAGCCCGCGCCAAGCUCGUGGGGUGGUAGCAAUAGUGGUGAUAGCAUCAUCGAGGAGAGCUCAGAGUCCAUGGUUUCUCCAAUGACACCUCCCCAUACCCCCCCAAGCUGCGAAUCUAGUAGCCCGAAGGGCAGGUCUCACGAAACCUGGAGGAAGAUGACUGGAAAGCUCGGAUGGUCAAAGAGCAGGAGAGGAAAUAUUCCAAACCUCACCAGCCGGUCGAGUGACCCUUACCAAUGA